AUGUAUUUGCCUUUGCUUUGCCUCCUCCUCAUCCUACAACCUGUGUAUAACAUGAGGAUGCCUCUGCUCAGUUGUGGUUAUUACUGGGAGCCCAACACAUACAUGGAGGCUGAUGUUAACCUCACUACAUUUAUCCCCAUUUCCAUCCCACUUGAUCUACCCCCAAAUGUCCGGAAUCCUUUUGACAAAGAACCAAGUGAACUAUGGAAUGCUGAUCUAACAAAAUGGAAAAACUAUCAAAUUUUGCUGACUGUAUACUUUGCCAUUGAGGAGAUCAAUAAGGACAAACAAUUGCUUCCUAAUAUAACCAUGGGUUUCCAUGUAUACAAUUCCUUUAAUUCCAACAAAAGAACGUUGGAGGGCCCUCUGAUGUUCUUGUCUGGGAGGAGUGAUUAUAUCCCUAAUUACAAAUGCAAAACAAAGCACAAAGUUCUAGGAAUCAUUUCAGGAACCAGGCCGGAAUUUUCUGCUGCUAUUGGAACACUUUUGGGGCUCUACAAAGUCCCACAAGUCACAUAUGGACCUUUUAAUGCUGAGCUAAGUGACAAAGUUACAUUCCCAUCCCUUUAUCAGAUGUCUCCUAAAGAGAGAGGCCUAACCCAUGGAGUUAUCCCUUUAUUGCUAUACUUUGGCUGGAAUUGGGUGGGGCUUUUUGUGGUUGAUUAUCUGAAUGGAAAAGAGUUUCUCUCUCACCUGAAAGCAGAGAUGGCAACAGAAGAUAUCUGCGAGGCUUUUACACAAAAAAUCCCUGCUUAUUGGAAGCUAGGGUUAAAAUAUGUUGCUGAUUUGGUGGACCUGAACCAAUAUACACAAGUGAAUGUACAGGUAUUCUAUGGUGAUAUAGAUGCCUUGCUAAUAUUCUGCCUUGAUAAUAGAAUAUUUUUAGCCAGAGGGAAAGUGUGGUUCAUGGCAAAGCAACACUUAAUACAUUUAGAUUCUGCAGCAGAUGAGCAUUAUUUGAUAUACUUUUUCAGAGGAAGUGUAUCAUUUUCAAAGAAGAGAACUAUCCCUGGUUUCAAGAACUUUCUUGAGCAUCUUACACCCUCCCAAUACCCAGAAGAUAUUUAUUUCUCUAAAUUCUGGGUUGACAAUUUUUCUUGUUCACUUCCUGCCUUGCCAUGUAAAAAUCUUAUACCCUGCUCAGCAAAUAUAUCCCUAAAGAUUAAUCAUGAAAAAAUUGAUCUGAUGACCAUUUCUGAACCCAGCUAUUCCAUAUGGAAUUCAGUGUAUUCCGUGGCCCAUGCCCUCCAUAAAGCGCUAUUGAGCAAAACUGAAAUGGGAUCUAUGGAAGACAGAAACACAGACUGGCUUCUACCAUGGCAGCUGCAUCCAUUUCUGAGGAAAAUUAAAGUGAUGAAUGAUGCUGGAGAUGAAAUAAGCUUCAAUGAGAACAAGAAAAUUAUGGAAACAUAUGAUAUACAAAAUUUUGUGGAACAUACUCAGCAUAUUUCAUUACUAGUUAAAGUGGGAGAGUUUGUCUUCAAGAGUCCACAAGAUCAAGGCUUUUUCAUCAAUGAAGUUCUGAUUAAAUGGCCAAGCAACUUCAAUCAG